AUGUGUGUCGGAGAUUCGGGUCCUAAUAAAACUCCCUCGGGUACCGGGGAUCAUCGUCCUCAUCAUCACGAUCAACGAUCAGACGGACCGGACGAUUUUGAUGAAGACGAUAUGGAAGGUACCGAUCUGCUUCAUCUGAUUAGCAAUUCGCUUGAUCGAUUCAAUGCGAUUGUACACCCACACGACCUGUCCGGACUAACUUCCGGACUCGGUGCGAGCGAGGGACUUUUGUCCGAUUUGGACUGGUCAUUAUCGGAGACGGGAAAUCCUCUGAACACACUCCGGUGUGGCAAAACCGGGACCUCAUUGGAGAAUGAAGAUCAACAACAACAACAACACCAAGUCCAUCUUCUCGGGCUCGCAUUCACUAACCGGUCGUCCAUCUCAACCUCAGGCACCAAGAAAUCUUCCUCACGGGUGCAUGACCUAGACGGAACACUGGACACAGCGAUGCUCCUCUCACGUGAUUCAUUCACGUCAAUUCAACGUCCAGAAACCUUGGUAUCGACAUCAUCGGUUGGUCAACAACAGCAGACCAAUCAGUCGGUGCCAUCAUCGUUGGCAGUUAAUCAUGGAUCCAAGUCUGGUAAAAGUGUACUGUCCACUUGCAUGGCUUCAGACUAUAGUUGGGACGUGAAGGGUUUGGAUGCGUGGAAUGGCCUCUAUCCCGCAUGUGAUCGACGGACGCGACCAGCCACCACCGGGCCCAGUUCUAGUCGUAGUCGAUUGCCUCACUCGGAUAGUGUCGCAUUUGGUGCUUCCGAACACAGAUUGGACACACGUCGAGCAAGUCUCUCUACCGGUCUGCCAUUCGAUGUGCACGAUCUAGUCCCGCCAGGAUUGAAUUCCAUGCGUUUCGAUUCGCCAGAUCCCAUGGUCGCUGCAGCAGUUGCUGCGGCUGCUCACGCUGCUGCUGCAACCGCAUCUGUUUACGGGAAUGCUUCUACGGUCCCGCUCGGGAUGUCAAACGUACCCGGGGUGAUGGAUUCGUCCAGGAGACCGAUUCUGGCCCCAGCCGGAGUGACUUCUUCCGCCUAUUCAUUGUUACAACCCCCGGAAACAACUCAAACAACAACCGGAACUUCAAUGCGGUUUGUAACCAACGGAGCUAACGGGAACACUCUGUCCGCACCGCAACAAGCGCGCCACGGAACUUGGUCCACAAACUGGCCUUCCAAAUCACCCACAUUACGUGCAACGAAUAACACAGAAGUGAGCACUUUACAACUAUUUGCCUAUUCCGUUUUGAAUGUCAAUGUUUCACCGAUAACUUGCAUUAUUGUUUUGUCACGAAACGUUAAGUUGUCCCAACUGUUUGAGUAUAAUAGGUACUUCGAUCGAUACAAUAUAAAGAACUCUCUCGUAAAUGAGCUUGGUGCAGCUUUUGCUGACAUAGACAGUAACUUGGAGUGCACAUAA